AAUUAGUGCUGGAAGCAUUCUAAGCGCAACAGGCUAGAUGCCCCGUUCCGCAAAAUUACACAAAUCACAUGCACACACACACAUACCCACACUCCAUUAUUGUUAUCGUUGCAAAUAACAACAUAGUGUUUAGUGACGGAACUGAGUUCGACGCGGACAGACGACUGUGGCGAUAAAAGAAUAGCGUUAUUGGCAAUUAUAACGACGCAUAAUGAAUUGCUAGUUCCUUUGUUUAAACAAACAAACAGCUGUUAAACCGAACCAAGUCAAUAAGCGAAACAAUAAGAUGAGCGCAUCAGACGAAGCGCGUUUGGUUAGCGACUCCGAAGCGGAGAUUGAGCAUGAUGCGGCGCCACGUCUCCAUGAUGCCGCCCAUUCGACGGCAGGUGACGCAGAUGUCGAGGCACCAGCUCUUACAGAAGAUGCUGGUGUCGCCUCGAGUAGUCCGCCCAGCAGGUUAUUUAUAUUGGAACCAGCUGUACUUUUUAUAUUCACGGCCCGUAGCUUGCUCGGGGCGGUUUUUCAAAAUCAAAUCCUAUACCAAACAUGUGUAACCAUUAUGCACUACAACGCAAGCGACUGUGAGCCGCUGCUGGGCAACGAUCGUGGCUCCGAAGAAACAAAAAAGCUGGAACUCAAAGUGCAAGCGUAUUCAACGAACAUAACAAUGGCAAUUUCACUGUUGGAGAGCAUUAUUCCCGCAUUUGUGAGCCUCUUCAUUGGACCCUGGUCGGAUAAAUUUGGACGACGACCCAUUUUGCUAACAGUUUUUACAGGAUAUGUGGCGGGUGCAACGAUAUUGACUGCUAUAGCGGAAGUAACGACGUUCCAGAACAUCAGUCCCUGGUGGUUCCUGCUGCCUUCGGUUCCGUCUAUAUUAAGCGGUGGCACUUGCGCCUUAAUUACUGGUGUUUACUGCUACAUCUCGGAUGUGGCCAAGGAGCGCAAGGCACUGCGCAUGGUGUUGAAUGAGGCAUCGGUGUGCAUCGGCAUGAUGGUUGGCAAUGUCGCCAGCGGUUAUAUUUAUGCAGCAACCGGUGAGGUGGUUCUCUUCGCGAUUGCUGCCGGUCUCAUGCUCCUGGCGCUCUUGUAUGUGUACUUCCUUGUGCCCGAGAGCUUGCCAGAGGAGAACAGACACACAGGAUCUUGGGUGCGCGAGUUCUUCAGUUUAUCUCUUGUCGUCGAUCUGGUUCGCACCUGCUUCCUGCCGCGUGCCAACUACGAUCGCGCCAUCAUCUGGCUAACCAUGAUGGCACUCACCAUUUCCAUCUUCAACAUGGAGGGCGAGAACACAGUGAAUGUGCUCUUCAUGCGCGAACAGUUCGAUUGGACCGUCAAGGAUAUCACUCAAUUCAAUACCGUUCGCAUUGCAGUGCAAAUUGUGGGCAGCGUUAGUGGAAUGUUUGUGAUGCGUCGCUUGUUCAAGGUGUCCAUCGUUGGCAUGUCACUCAUUGCGUUGGCCGCCUGUGUACUGGAGAGCACAGUGCGUGCUACUGCCCAAUUUUGGUGGGAGAUGUACCUGGGCAUGACGCUUGGCACGAUGCGUGGCGUCCUGGGACCAAUGUGUCGUGCUAUACUCUCCGUCGUGGCGCCCUCAACGGAUGUCGGAAAAAUCUUUGCCCUAACGACCUCAAUGGAAAUGGUUUCUCCACUGGGAGCUGCGCCGCUUUACACGGCUGUUUAUAAAUCAACUGUAGCCUUUUAUCCGGGCGCAUUCAAUUUUAUUAGCGCUGGUCUAUAUUUUGUAUCUUACAUUUUAAUGGCCAUCAUAUUUGGCCUACAAAUAAUAAUGGCCAGUCGCAACGCCUAUAAGGUCAUUGGCAGCUAACCAUUUCAUGCCUGUUUGGCUUAGUUCAAUUCAAACAAAAAAAAAUCCAAAUAGACCCAAUUUACAUGCUUUUUGUGAUGUUUAAAAAGUCUUUUUUUAUGCCAACGGACGAAUUGUGAUUCAGUCUUUGUUAAUCGGUGAAAAAGUAUUAUAUGUUUUAUUCAAAAUCACUUGGAUAGUAUUCAUGUAUGUAUUUGGAAUUACGUCAAUUUUUAACUGCUCUUAGGAACCGACAAUAUAAAUGUGCAUCACGUAUUUAUGAACCCAACACAUAUUCACGUGAUUAUUGGAAUAUUUAUUAGUUAUAACAAAGACAAAAACAGAUAACAAGCUGAGACCAAUAAAAUGUAAAUAUCAAUCAUAUUAAAUCUGUAAAUAUACUAAGAAAAUGUUUUGUACAUUUUAUAGCUACAUAAAUUGUUUUCUAUA